AUGGUAAAACAAACAAUUCAAAUAUUUUGUCGAGUAAAACCAACAAAAUCAAAAACAUCAGUUUAUGAAAUAAAUCCAGUUGAAGAUGGAGCUAAUUUAUCAAUUAUUAUUCCAAAAGAUGCAACAGAUGGUUAUAUAAAUAAUAAACGAGAAGAUUUUCGUUUUCGAUUUCGUCAUAUAUUUGAUCAAAAUUCAAAACAAGAUGAUAUUUUUUCAUUAGUUGCUCGACCAGUUAUUGAUAAUGUUAUUGCUGGAUACAAUGGUACCAUAUUUGCUUACGGACAGACAGGAUCAGGUAAAACAUUUACAAUAACUGGUGGACCUGAACGUUUCACUGAUCGUGGUAUUAUUCCACGUUCACUUUCAUAUAUUUUUGAACAGUUUGGACAACAUUCGGAUCAAAGUCAUACAGUUCAUGUGUCUUAUUUGGAAAUUUAUAAUGAAAAUGGUUAUGACCUUCUUGAUCCAAAACAUGAAGCAGCUAAACUUGAAGAUUUACCAAAAGUACUUUUAAUGGAAGAUGAAGAUCAAAAUAUGCAUUUAAAAAAUUUAUCAAUUCAUGCUGCACAAAAUGAAGAAGAAGCACUUAAUUUAUUAUUUCUUGGUGAUACAAAUCGAAUGAUUGCUGAAACACCAAUGAAUCAAGCAUCAACACGUUCUCAUUGUAUAUUUACAAUACAUAUAACCAGUAAAGAAAUUGGUUCAGCAACUGUACGUAAAGCAAAAUUACAUCUUGUCGAUUUAGCUGGUUCUGAACGUGUAUCAAAAUCAAAUGUAAAUGGUUUAUUAUUAACUGAAGCAAAAUAUAUUAAUUUAUCUUUACAUUAUCUUGAACAAGUUAUUGUUGCAUUAUCAGAAAAAAAUCGUUCACAUAUACCAUAUCGAAAUUCUAUGAUGACAUCUGUAUUACGUGAUAGUCUUGGUGGAAAUUGUAUGACAACAAUGAUUGCAACAUGUGCAGUUGAUAAACGAAAUAUUGAAGAAACAAUAUCAACUUGUCGAUUUUCUCAACGUGUUGCAUUAAUUAAAAAUGAUGCUAUACUUAAUGAAGAAUUAGAUCCACGUUUAUUAAUUAAUCAAUUACGAGCUGAAAAUCUACAAUUACGUAAUCAAAUUUUAAUGCAAAAUGGUAGUGAACAAUUUAAUGAACCAUUAACACCUGAAAUGAUAGCUAAAUUAAUUGAACAAGUUAAAGUUUAUUUAGCUGAUACAGAUAAUGAAGCAACAUUAAAUGUUGGUGCUGAUAUGCGUAAAAUUGAUCAAUGUUAUCGAGCAUUUAAAAAAUUAUAUCUUGAAUUACAAGAACAAGCUAAAACAGCAUCAACACAAUCAACAAAAAAUAGUCAACCAAUUUAUAUAACACAUGAUAUAUCACCAUAUGAUAGUAAAGAAGUUAAAGAAUUAAAAGAAAUUAUUAAAUUACGAGAUAAUGAAAUAAGUAUACUUGUGAAUAUGUUAAAAAAAGAAAAGAAAACUGAAUAUCGACCAUUCAGUGAAAGUAUGACACCACCAAGUGAAAAUUCUUUUUCGUCAACUGAUCGUGUUGCACAUCAACUGAAAAAUAUGUCUGCUGGUCGUCAAGAAGCAUUCGAUCAUUUUCGACGAGAUAAUCCUCUUAAUCAAAAACUUGAAGAACAUAAACGUAUAUUAAAACAACGUUAUACAGAAGCUAAAACACUUGGAGAAGAAAUAAAUCAAUGUCGAAAUCGAAUUAAUCAUAUGAAAGGACAAUAUGAACAAAUGCAUUUACGUCUUGCUGCACAAUUAACACAAGAUGAAAUAGAAAACCAUCGAGGACUAAAUGAAUUACGCACAACGAUGGAACAAGAACAAAUAAAAUAUCGUGAAUGUUUUAAUCGUUUAAAAAAUAUGAAACAAGAAAUUGAACAUAUACAACAUGUUAUUGAGAAAGAUCGAUUACAAAUGUUAAAAGAUUUUGAUGAUUGGUGGGAAAAACAAUCUGAACAAGCAGAACAACAACGUCAAUUAUUAGAAAUGAAACCAUCAAAAACUAAUGGCAAUCUAUCAAGACAAACAACAGGAUCAUUUCAAUCAGAUUAUUCAUCUGCAUCGAACAGUGCUCCUAAAACACCCCAACAGUUGAAUUUGCCGUUAACGGGUGACAAAAAAACUGAUGAUGAUAUUUUAGCAUUUGCUAAUGCUCGACAACGAAUACUUUCACAAGUACAUAAAUGACAAAUGCGAAAACAAGAUUUUACAUGA